GUCGUUACCGGGACGGUCGGUGGGGGACUAUCUCAGUGAAGAAAAGAAAUGGCGAUGCUCGGAGGUUUCAGCGCAGCACAGCUCAAGAAAAACGUCUCUGACGGGAGCAGCGACGUGUCAGAAUUCGUCUGUCCAGUCUGCCUCGAAAUCUUCGACAGUCCCGUAAAAACACAAUGCGGACAUACGUUUUGCCAGAGUUGUCUGCAGGAGUGUUUGCGUCCACAGAAGCCUGUUUGUGCUGUAUGUAGGGCCACACUGGGCCACUGGACUAAAGCUGCUGAACUAGAGGCCCUCAUCCAAUCAUCUGUGGCUGCUUGCAAGGGAUGUGGAGUUCAGAUUGGCCUUUCUCAGAUGAGAAGCCACACAGCUGCCUGUUCAAAAUACCAGGACUACAUUGAGGAGGGAGUGAGGACCACUGCCCAGAGCCAACCUGCCAUCAUCAGUCCUUUGCCAAAUCGCUACACCUUCACCUGUCCAUACUGCAACUGCCAGAACCUCGAUCAGGACGGCCUGGUUGAACAUUGCACUACCCAGCAUGCUCGAGAUGCACGCCAAGUAGUCUGCCCCAUCUGUGCCUCGAUGCCCUGGGGGGACCCUAACUACAGGAGUGCUGACUUUUUCCAGCACCUGAAGAUCAGGCACACUUUCUCCUAUGAUACCUUUGUUGACUACUCCACAGAUGAGCACACAAUGAUCCAGGAGGCUCUACAGCGCUCCCUUUUGGACAACUGAAGUGUAAGGAACAAUCCACCAGAGGCGAGAUCUAGUGAAGUGAAGGGGAGAUGGUGAUGUGAAGUCUUGAGAAGACAGAACAACAUACUUUAUCACCAUUCAUCUGUCAUGAGGAUGGUGGUACUGUAUUACCAUGGGUGAUCAGUUUCACAGGGAAUUGGUAUUGUAACCACGAAUCUAUAGGUUUAUUAUUCAGAUAAUGAAUCAAUUGCAAUAUGGUUAAAAAGCAUAUUGUACUUUCUGAUUUAGGAGUGACACUGUGUUUCUGGUGUGAUAAUCUCUUAUCUUCCCCCAGUUGAGUCUGUAGAUUUGAUAGUUUGUUGAAUAUCUACUAAAAUAUGUUUAUUAAGCUGUUUGUUCAUUGAUGACUUGGUGUCAUACAGCCAGAAACUUCCAAAGUUGUAAUUAAAAUCCCUGUUGUCAAAACUUGAUGUUAUAAAAGGGUUUGACCACUAGGUGGCUAAUUAUUGCCAGGAAACAACAAACUUCACUCAGUGAAGUCAUUGGUCAAGUAAUGUAAACAAUAAUAUAUAAUAAUCUACUCAAGAGUGACCAUGCAUGUUUACUCUUAAAAGAGAAGGGGGGAUUUUGUUCUGUUUGGUUGUUUGGUUUUUGUUUUGUGGGAUUUUGUUUGUAUUGUUUUUGAGUUUAUUAGCAGGAAGCUCUGUCUUUUUUUUAUGCUGUUUCUGGGUGUGUGUGUGUGAGAGUGUGUGUGUUCAUUCUGUUUUCAGAGAUCUACUGGAAAGAAUAAAUAAUACGAGGGUCAAACAAAGCCAGAGAUGGCUGUUUGCUUUAUUGUAAUGUUUCUCCCUUAUGUCUUUGUGCCUGCUGGUAGAUCUUGUUUCUGACUUCCAAAACUCAUAGGGCUAAGACUUCAUUCAGUGAACCAAAAGAUACAAGUAGGAGGCCAUCAGUGUGUCAUAAUUGGCUCUGUGAUUUUCAUUUGUCGGGAGUUUCUUUGCAUGUUUAUGACCAUAGGAGGGCAGUAGAGUUCCACCGUUCUUUGGCCAUCCAUGACGGCCGCUGACCCUCACCAGCCACCUGGCUCUGUUGCAAGGCAGAAUUUAACACAGAUUUCAUUCUAUAAAUGUGCUUUACUCAUUGUGUUGUUCUCAGCUUAGUUUUUAAACUGGGAUUUGUUAAAAUGCAUCAUACAAAAAUGUCACUGGUCUUUAGUAACUGAGGUUUUGGUGGGGUUAUUUGUUAUAGUUUUAACAAAAUAACCGGAACUUCACUUGUUAGACAGUUGAUGACGUGACUUGUAACUUACUGUUGUGUGUUCUUUCAUGCCCAGUGUCUCGGAUGCUUCUUCACAAAAAAACCCUCCAGUUUGUUUUGCUGGUUUUCAUAUUCUCAAUAUCACUGCCAACAGUCUUGGAAAAAAAUAAAAAAUAAAUAUAUAUACAUAUAUAUAUAUAUAUCAACAUAGUUAUUAUUUGUAUGCUUCCAAAUACUGGUAGCACGUGAAGUAACAAGAUAUUUGUUUGACUUUGCUUGAUUUUUGCUGGAUGUUUUUAUUUUAAUUGUUAAAAUGUGAUUGUGUCCAUCUAUUAUUUUACAUUAGUGUCAUUUUCCCAUGACUUGUACUGGUCACAACCAUAUUCAGUUGUACAAAUCUUCACUCACAGUUGCAAUGCAUUUUGUCUUCUACCAACAGGUAAAUAAAACUGCAUACACCCAGAUCAAGUAGCUCUAGAGCAGAACCUUAAUGCCUUUUCACUUAGUCUUUGGUGCCACUUAGGCCUAGAUGUUUGUUUCUCUUUCCAGUAAAAUGUGUAAUAAUUUUGUAUGUGUUUCUCAUGUAUAAUGACCUUUUUUCUUUCUCAAUAUAUCGCUCAUUCUCUUUUGUCAGCCCUACUGUCAUUGGGUGCUAAAUCCUGAUAAAUUAAAGCUCUUUAAUUAUUUAAACCCUG